UCGGCAGUCGGUAUUCCAUGGCGAUAGGACGCCACCGAUACAUCGACUGGCAGUCAGUGCGAUACUCGCGAAGUUAUCGGACGUGUACGCUAGCAACAAUUAACACACAGAACAGUCCAACUAACGGAAUAAAAAUGCGCAGCGCGAAAAUAAAAUAAAGAGCGAAAACACAGGCGUGUGUUAGCUAAAAUAAGUUCCAUAAAUAAUCAAUUAUAUUUUUUUUUCGGUGUGUGCGCGUGUGUGUGCUAGCCUAAAGAGCGAAGGGGAGUACAGAAGUACAGAAGGCGAAGCGGAGCGAAGGAGGAGGCGUAAAAAGUAAAAGUGGCGGUGCCUGUCUCUAUACGUGUGUGUGUGUGUGCGUGCGUGUGUGUGUGUCUGCCGAAAAGAAGUUGCAGAAAACAUUACGCAAAAUAAGAGAGCGAAAUAACCACAACACAACAAAAGAUAUUGUGCAAACAACACAGCGCUGAGAGGCGGAAAGGUGGAAAGCAGGCACGUCGGUGAGGGGCGGACGGAGGAGGGCGGCGGCAGAAGAGCACGCACUGCCUAAGUGCGAGCGAGAGCGAACGACCGGCGCAAUGAGCAUCGUUGGCGAAAACCAUCCCCUCCCAACCCCAACCCCAACCCCCGCCAGCGCCGUGGUGUCCGCAUCAUCGGGCGGCGGUGGCGGCGGUGCGGUCGUCAUGGGCGUCGGCGUCGGCGUCGGCGUAGGCGUGACCACAGCAAAUGGACCCCGUGUCGUCACCAUUUACAAAACGGAAACGGGCUUCGGCUUCAACGUGCGCGGCCAGGUAUCCGAGGGGGGUCAACUGCGCUCGAUCAACGGCGAGCUGUACGCCCCCCUUCAGCACGUGAGCGCCGUCCUUGAGAAUGGGGCGGCCGAGAAGGCGGGCAUCAAGAAGGGCGAUCGCAUCCUCGAAGUAAAUGGCGUCAGCGUCGAGGGAGCCACACAUAAACAGGUCGUAGACCUGAUCAAAUCCGGCGGCGAUUGCCUAACUCUGACGGUGAUAUCGGUGACACAGCAGGAGGCUGAUCGACUGGAGCCGCAGGAGGAUCAGAGCGGCUACUCCUACAUCGAUUACUCGGACAAGCGCUCGCUGCCCAUUAGCAUACCGGACUAUGGGAUCGUGAAUCGGAAUGGCGAGCGGUACAUCGUCUUCAACAUACACAUGGCCGGAAGGCAGCUCUGUUCGCGUCGCUAUCGGGAGUUCGCCAACCUGCACUCGCUGCUGCGCAAGGAGUUCUCCGGCUUCAACUUCCCCAAGCUGCCCGGCAAGUGGCCCUUCCAGCUCAGCGAACAGCAGCUGGACACGAGGCGCCGUGGACUGGAGCAGUAUCUGGAGAAAGUGUGCGCCGUGCGGGUGAUUGCCGAGAGUGAUGCCGUUCAGGACUUCCUUACCGACACCGAGGAUGAUAUAUCCGCCUCGCCGGUGGACAUUAAGGUGAUGCUGCCCGACCACGAAGUGAGCACCGUGUCGGUGAAGAAGUCUUCCAAUGCCCAGGUGGUGUGGGAGAUACUGGUGCAGCGCGCCAAUCUCACUGCCUACACGCAGCAGUAUUUCUACCUGUUCGAGAUUGUCGAGUACAACUUUGAGCGAAAGCUGCAGCCGCACGAGAUUCCACAUCAGCUGUACGUGCAGAACUACAGCACCGCCUCAUCCACCUGCCUCUGCGUCCGUCGCUGGCUCUUCUCGGUGGCCAAGGAGCUGACGCUGCCGGACGGCGAACAGGCUGGCCGCUUCAUCUUUUACCAGGCGGUCGACGAGGUGAAUCGCGGCAAUAUCCGAGCCGAUGGACGCCUGUACGAGCUGAAGGCGCUGCAGGACGCCAAGAAGGCGGGCGACUAUCUGGCCUUGGCCCGCACACUGCCAGGAUACGGAGACGUUGUCUUUCCCCACUGCUCCUGUGAUAGUCGCAAGGAGGGACACGUUGUGCCCGCCGUGGGCAUAAAGAGCUUUCGGCUGCACGCCUGCCGUGAGGAUGGCUCCCUGGAGGCGCAAAUGGUCGAACUGACCUGGGACAGCAUCACGCGCUCCGAGAGCGACGAGGAGUCCAUGUCAUUUUGCUUUCAGUACAAUCGUCCAGAUAAGCCAGCACGUUGGGUCAAAGUCUACACGCCAUAUCAUGCAUUCCUUGCGGACUGCUUUGAUCGCAUCAUGGAGGAGCGCAAGUGGGAAGACAGCGGCGACUAGGGAAGGCGCAAGGUGCUGCAGGAGGAGCAGGAGCAGGAGCGGGAGGAGCAGGAGCAGGAGCGGGAGCCAGUGGAGCAGAAAGAGCAGCAGCGACGGCGUCGACGGCAGGAGGGGCAGAUUAAGCAACCCACAACCAUACCAAGCAUCACCAGGCGGGCCGAGGCAUUGCACAUUGUUCGUUAGUGGCUCGUUGGUGGGAGGAGCCCAGCCAUGCCGAGCUCUCCGCCCCUAAGCCCACACAACACAUCUCCUUCGGUUAGCUUGCCAUAUUCCGGCUGGUCAGCUGCCGGGGCUCCGGUAUCUGAGGACUCAGAUUCGUGCUGACCCACUGCUGCACCUAAUGCCUCACCCACAUAUAUUGUAAAGUAUAUUUGGCACUGAUAUAUAUACAUUUAUAUAAUUUGUACAUUGACAAGCAAUUGCAAUCGCCUUGGCUCUCGUUGCUCCAAUUUGGGAUGCGGAUGGCGGAUGGGCUGGUCGUCUGGUCCGUUGGUUGGACGAGUUUGGAAAAUGUUAACAGCAGCAACAAAAAUGUUUCAAAUGUUUUCGGCACUUAGCACACUUAGAGCAAACACAGGCACCAAUUUAGAUCAAGCAGAACCGACGAUUCUCAUUAUACAAUAUAAAUAUAUAUAUAUAUACAUACACACCACUCACAGACAUGCGUACAUUAUAAACAAAACAAAACAAAACAAAACAAACAGAACAAGCAAACAAACAAAACAAACAAAAAUAUAUAAAAGAGUAUAUUUAAGCCAACCUCAGCGUAAUAUUUAAUUCGUACUUUUCCAAAUACCCUUUGUUCCGUUUGUGUUUGUAUAUUUUGCUCAUAGGAAAGCAGCGGCUAAAGGAGAUCUUUGAAAAAUGAAUUGUAAAAAGUCAAUUUUAAUUAUACACAAAUAUACAUCAUAUAUAUAUACAUAUACAUAAAUGUUUAGCAAACAAAUCAACAGACAUUGAUCAUUUAUUUAUUUGUAUGUACGUAGGAAGGCCCAGAACGAACUCAACUGAACGCAAGAAACCGAAAUCAGAGAUCAGAAAUCAGAGAUCAGAAAUCAGAGAUCAGAAAUCAGAGAUCAGCAAAAGAAAAGCGGGUUGGCACCAAGCAAAUGCUAAGCGAAACAAUAUAAAUCUACCAGAUAACUAAAGCGAUGAAAUGUUGAAAAUAUUGUACUCAUUCGAAACUUUCUAUAGAAAUUGUUAGUUAAAUAUAAGGUAACGUUAAUAGUUAUUGAAAAAAUGCAAAAGCGAGACUCAAAACUCAAAACGCAACUCAACUAAAGUCAACUCAAAGGCGAACUCAAAAGCAACGUAGAAAGAGACGGCAGGCGGGCAGUAGAAAGAGAGGCACAAUGCAAAUAGCAAAAAUCGAGAG